GGAGAGGAGGAGGAGGAGGAGACAGAAGAGAGGAAGGAAGCGAGGAUCGCGUCACGAAAAGCGGAGUCGAAGUUAAAAAAAAAUGAGAAGAAUGUUUAAUGGACAAUCGUGAGGAGACAGAGCUGUGGACGGUGGCGUCUGUGGACAUGUUGUCCUUCAGCUGACGUGUGGACAGAAGACCGAUAAUAGAAGAAGAAAGAAAAGAAAAAACAGGCCGAGGUUUUCGGAAAGGGAGAAGCUGCAGAUUCAUCUUUUUCUAUUCUCCCCCCUCUCACCGAGGAGACCCGCCGACAGAGCAGAGACAUGGAGACGUGCGCGUCCCUGCGCCGUUCGUCUGUUUUCUAAAAGGAUUUUUUUUGGAAAGCUGAUCGUCUGAUCGUGAGGAGAUCGAGGAGGAUCUGUGUGGUCUUCAGCUCGGCUCUCUCUCUCUCUCUCUCUCUCUGUUCUUCUUCUUCUUCAAUGAGGCCAGAAAGACACAUGAUUAAAACCUGAUCCUGGACUGGAUUCUAAUUUUGGAGCCAUCGCUUUCGCUUUCGAUUAUUUUUUUUUUCUCUCUGUUUUUCUGUUUUCUUGCAUCUCACGCGCAGACAAAUAAGCAUCGGCAGAAUUAACAGCAGCUCGGACUGAUCCAAGAUGAGUGAGCUGGAGCAGCUUCGUCAGGAGGCAGAGCAGCUGAGGAACCAGAUCAGGGACGCCAGGAAAGCAUGUGGAGACUCCACCCUGACACAGAUCACGGCAGGUCUGGACCCCGUGGGCCGGAUCCAGAUGAGGACAAGACGCACGCUCCGUGGUCACCUGGCCAAGAUCUACGCCAUGCACUGGGGCUCGGACUCCAGACUCCUGGUUAGCGCCUCUCAAGAUGGGAAACUGAUCAUCUGGGACAGUCACACCACCAACAAGAUCCACGCCAUCCCCCUGCGCUCCUCCUGGGUGAUGACCUGCGCCUACGCCCCCUCUGGGAACUACGUGGCCUGUGGCGGCCUGGACAACAUCUGCUCCAUCUACUGCCUGAAGACACGUGAAGGCAACGUCAGAAUCAGCAGGGAGUUACCUGGUCAUACAGGGUAUCUGUCCUGCUGCCGUUUUAUUGACGACAAUCAAAUCAUUACAAGUUCAGGAGACACCACGUGUGCACUGUGGGACAUCGAGACGUGUCAGCAGACCACGGUGUUUUCGGGCCACACCGGUGACGUCAUGAGUCUGUCCCUGUCGCCCGACAUGCGCACCUUCGUGUCCGGAGCCUGCGACGCCUCGGUCAAACUGUGGGACAUCAGGGACAGCAUGUGUCGACAGACCUUCACUGGACACGAGUCGGACAUCAACGCCAUCUGUUUCUUUCCUAACGGCAGCGCCUUUGCCACCGGCUCUGACGACGCCACCUGCAGGUUGUUCGACCUGCGUGCGGACCAGGAGCUGGGCCUCUACUGUCACGACAACAUCAUCUGCGGCAUCACCUCCGUGGCUUUCUCACGCUCCGGGCGCCUGCUGCUGGCUGGGUACGACGACUUCAACUGCAACAUCUGGGACGCCAUGAAGGGAGACCGAGCGGGAGUGCUGGCCGGCCACGACAAUCGUGUGAGCUGUCUGGGCGUGACGGAUGACGGCAUGGCCGUGUGCACGGGCUCCUGGGACAGUUUCCUCAAGAUCUGGAACUGAGGCGCGCACCCACGCACACACACACACACACACGUACACACACAGAAGAAGAAGAAGAAACACAACGUCCAACCGACGGGAGGAUGGACAGACAGUCUGUCCCCCGUGUCCACACUGUAUGUAAGACUCAACAAAACUGCAGCGAUGUUCUGUACAUAAUAUAAAAGACUUAGAGUUCACGCACACACACACACAUAGCGCACACACACAUGAAUCACAAUACAGCAGUUUUAAUGUUACUGUGUGUAAAAUAAAAAAAAAUGGAACCAACCUGA